UGGAUUUAUUUCAUUUGUUAAUGACGAAAAUCUGUUUUACAUUUUCUAAAUACCGAUUUCUGAUAACGGGCGAGGUAGUCGACGGGGCGAUGGCUGCGAUCGGCUUAUGCUUUGUUCGCUAAAACUCCACGUGCCUUCCGCCAUUUAGAAUAAUUUUUGAUCCGGAAAAAAGUUCAUCGACGAAGAAGCGGCGUGGUCACCCGAACGGUGAGGGCGGCUGCCGCUGAGCUGAUGGCGGCGGGCGGCGAGUUCGUGGACGGCUGGGUGGUGGCGCAGGUGCUGGGCGAGGGCGCCUACGGAGAGGUGCGGCUGCUCGUGCACGCGGCCAGCGGCGCCAGCGUGGCGCUGAAGGCGGUGCGCGCGGGCGCGGGCGAGGCGGAGGCGCGCGAGGCGGCGCUGCACCGCGCGCUGCGCCACCCGCACGUGCUGCGCUGCCUGGGCGCGCGGCGCCACGGCGCGCUGCACUACCUGUUCCUGGAGUUCGCGCAGGGCGGCGAGCUGUUCGACCGCAUCGAGCCCGACCGCGGCAUGCCGGCGCCGCUGGCCCGGCGCCUGGCGCGCCAGCUGCUGGCCGGCCUGCGCUACCUGCACGCGCGCGGCGUGGCGCACCGCGACCUCAAGCCCGAGAACCUGCUGCUGGACGCGCACGACCGCCUCAAGAUCUCCGACUUCGGCCUCGCCACGCUGUUCCGCGUGCGCGCGCGCGAGCGGCUGCUGGCGCGCGUGUGCGGCACGCUGCCGUACGCCGCGCCCGAGGUGCUGACGGCGCCCGCGCGGCCCUACCGCGCGCCGCCCGCCGACGUGUGGGCCGCGGCGCUGGUGCUGCUCGCCAUGCUGGCCGGCGAGCUGCCGUGGGAGCGCGCCGCCGCCGACGACGCGCGCUUCGCCGCGUGGCGCGCCGGCGACGCGGCGGCCGGCGUGUGGCGCAAGGCGGGCGCCGCGCUGCCGCUGCUGCGCGCCGCGCUGUGCGCCGACCCCGCGCGCCGCGCCUCGCUCGACGCCGUGCUGGCGCACCGCUGGCUCGCCGCCGACGCGCCCGACGCGCCGGCGGACGGCCACCACUGGAGCUCGCAGCCGCUGCCGGCCGGCGCGGGCGCCGCGUGCCCUGCGCUCAGCGCCGCCGACAUGGACGCCGCGCUCAGCUACUCGCAGCCGGCGCACGCCGACGACCUGCUGCUCACGCCGGCCGACGCGCCCGCCGCCGGCGCGCGCGCGCCGCUCGUGCGCCGCCUCACGCGCGUGUGGCUGCGCUGCGACGCGCGCGCCGCGCUCGACGCGCUGGCCGCCGUGCUCACGGCGCAGCGCUGCGCCUGGCGCCGCCUGCACCCCAGCAUCGUGGCCAUCGAGUGCGGCGGCGGGCUGUGCAUGCGCGCCUGGGCGCUGCCGGUGGCGGCGCGCGGCGGCGAGGCGCGCGCGCUGCUGGAGUUCCGGCGCUCGCGCGGCUGCGGGCUCGCCUUCAAGCGCCGCUACGAGCGCCUGCGCGACGCGCUGCUGGCCGCCGCGCCGCCCGCGCCGCCGCCGCCGCACGCGCACGCGCUGCUGGCGCCGCUGCACGCGCUGGCGCCGCGCGCGCCCGACCCCAUGGACACCAUGGGGACGAGCAGCGAUGAUCUGAUGAAUUGACUGUUGUUUAUUUAUUGUAAAUGUCAAUUGUAUAACUGAAAAAAGAACUGAAUAAAAUUAAGAAUAUUUUCAUACAAUAGCCUGUAUAAUUGUUUAGUUACCUACUAUAAGUAUUUACCCUGUUACCCUGUUACACGAAAUGUAGACGAAACUUUCUAGAGUGCUGUCAGGGCCACAUUAGGGCUCUUACACACGACGUGAUAUACCGUCGACCUGCGAAUGUAGCGACGUCUGCAGUUGCUGUAGGCUAGUGGCUAGUCGACACUUUUUAAAAUGACUUGAAAUUCUUCAAUAACAUUCCAAUAUUGAUUGGUCAUUGGACUACUAACGGAUAUCAUUUUUUCUGAGUGAUUACGAGGUACAUUAGUAUUGAAAUGUUCUUUUUGACAAUACGAGUCAAAACGCCUGUCAACUUAGACCAGUUAUUAAUGGUCUAAGCCUGUCAACCAUGAUGGUCUAUAUUUUAACCAUAGAUGUAGGUACGAGUCUGUACAAGUACACGUUAACAAUUUACCGACUUAAAAAAAAGGGGGAGGUUCUCAGUUCGAGCGUAUGUUUUACAUUAUUACAUAAAGACGCCUGGACCUAUUUGAAUAAUUCUUUUUUGUUUGAUAGGAUAUACUCUUGAAGUGGUCCUUCACCAUUGUCACCAUGUCAAGAUCUGAUGAUGAGAUCCUGGAGAAAUCGAGGGGAACUUUAAAAAGUCGUAAGAACAACUAUAGCGUUUUAUAUUUUUUCCAUUAACCACUUUAAACUUACUAGCACUAGAACUUAAUAAAAGUCUGGAGUCGAAACACACGAGAGAAUUCUGACAGUUUACAACAGUUACCUUGUGUUUGGACUUGAUUAUUUUUUGUCGACAAGAACUUUCCACCUAGAUGGGUUGUGACUAUCAUUAGAGGUCUGAUGAUGAAAACGAAAGACAGAUAGUGGAACUCCUCAACGGUUACCAGUAGCUACCUUGUGAUUGGACUUGAUCGAUUCCUAUUGAUGAGAUCUUUCCACCUACAUGUGUUAUGAAGACGAAGGACAGGUAAUGGAACUCCUCUACUUUUUACAGUAGCUACAUUGUUAUAUGGGUCGUGACCAGGCCGGGUCAACUCUCGAACAAAGUUUGGUUAUACCUACGGGGGCUAGACCUGUGGUGUCAUCAUCCAUACGGUUCUACCGUCUGGUAGUUGUAGCAAUAUUAUUAUCGUUAGUAGCUCACGCCUGACAUAAUAUUUUGAUAAAUCUAAUACAUUUUUAGAUUUAAAUAUGACUUUAAUAACUGAAUAAAUACUUUUCUUCUACAAAAAUAUAGAGAGAUACUCUCGUUGAAUAUUGUUUUAGUAACGAAUAUGUAAGAUUUUCUAAACGAAGUGUGGCAACCCCAAUUACUUAAUAAAAAAUAAAUAUGUUAUAAAAUGAAAAUGGCGUCAUUUCACCAAAUAAAACACGAAUUCACGAAUAAUAAAAUAAAUGUUUGCCACGGCCUGUUAAUAUUUAUGAAGACCUCUUCAUGGAUUGGAUUUAAGCAACCUGCUGUGUAAUAUCCCCGCCAUUCUUGAUGUUGAGAAGAUCUAUAAAUCUUUUGCGUUUCAUCUGAGUGUUGUGGUUUUUCAUUAUGUUAAAAAUAAGACUUUGUUAGUUCAAGUGUCUCUAUAACUAUGAAGAAAAACAAAAGAAAAUGCUUUGAGUGUGGUUCUUCGCCUGCCGAUGAUCCAGAGAAGACCCUACAGAGAUUACAGAAAUUUGAUUCUACAAAUUUAGUCUCCGGUAUGUACCUACUUUAAGUUUUAGCUAAUAUUAAAAUACUUUAAUAAUAGCUAUUGAUCAGAUAAUGAUUACAUUAGUUAGUUAAUUAGGUUUCUUAGUAGUCUUCUCAAGAUAUGGGAAUUAUUAAAUUCCUACUAAUUCUUAUGAAACUCGUGCUCAAUUAUACAACUAUGCUGGGUUUACACAUUAUGGUGAUGUUUGUAGAUGCAAUGCACCCCAAAUAACUGUCUGACCUGCAGCUGUCUGAAUGUUUACUUCUCUGGAUCUACUGAACAGAUUUUCAUUUGGUUAUCACAGGUAGCUUAAUCUGGAGCAACAUAAGGUUAAUUAUGAAAUGGUAAUGAAAAUAAACAUCUGAGAAAAGCAAAUUCCAUGAACUAAUUUGAAAGUAUCUAUUACCAGUUCAAUAUUAAACCACAGGUAUAUGUACUAAAGGCAGGUACAGUAAAAUUUGAGUUUUAUUUUUGAAUCUAUAAUAAGUAGUUUAUAAUUAUGUAAUGAUGAACCAGAACAAUUUGUUAAUUUGAAACUACAAUUACAAGUUUUUAUAAUUAUGUUAGGCACUAGGCAGACUAAUGAAGAGUAUGUUAGUUUACUUUGUACAAAAAUCUGUUCUUUGACAUAAUUAUAGAAUAAGAUGAUAAGUGAUGAUGCAAUCUAAGAUGGAAGCGGAUAACUAGUUAGGCAAAGGAUGAAAAUCCACACACAUUUCUGUUUCUACAUAAUAUCUCACCGGAACACUAAAUCGCUUGCCAGUAGGGUAUUAACUAGCCAGCCAGACAAAGACCCGAGAGAAAACUUCAAUCGGCCCAGCUGGGGAUAGAACCCAGGACUUUUGCGUAGUUAAUCCACUGUGCUACGGAGGCCAUUUCAGCAAUAUUUUUCUUGCCUUGAUCUAUAAAAGCUUUUGCCAAUAAUAAGAUACAUUUUUCAUUGAAGAUUGUUUGAAAGAAAUAGCUUUUAGCUAUAAGACCUAAGCUUUGCACAUUUUAUUUUUUGUUUCUUUUUGACAAUGUAGCUUCUGUGAAUCUGUUCUAUCAUCAGAUUGCCUCCGGACAUUUUAGUUAUAUUUCUCACCUGGUUCUUGUCAAGAUUUUGUAAUAAAUAAUAAUAACAAAUGAACUAAGUAAAAAUGGCUAUGUGGUUAGUCUGUCUGCCGUAGAAGUAGCUGCGAGAGGAUUACCAACAAAAUCUUUCUAUAACUUGUUUAAAGACCUUGGCAUCUUUAGGACUGCAGCAACUUCUAUGUAGAAGAAAGAGAGAAAGAAGAAUAAGUAUCCAAAGCUGCUCUUAGUAGGAUCUUACCAAAUUUGACUAAGCAGUGAGAACAACACAAGUAGGGGAGUUUAAUCAAUUGUCAAGGAAUUCCUUAACCCUACAUCCUGUAGUCACAACUCCAGGACUCUGCUCAGAGUAUUUCUCUCUACCAGGCGAUGGACCUGGCACCUGCACGGAAUGUUAAGAUAUUCAUCUGUCUCUUCAUGCGUAGUAUGUUUAUGUAUUUUUAAUUAAAUUUACUCACUCUCUUAAUUUCAGUAAUGUCCAGAUAAUCAAUGAUUAGACUAUUGGACUUUUAGAAUAAAUUUUACAUUGAACUAUGAAUGGUUUGUCAUCUACAUUUUUAAAAAAGACGAGAUAUUUUGCCUGUAAGAACAAGAGAGAGAGAGAAUAAGAAGCAAUCCUGCUUCUUCACAUGAAUUUUACCCGCAUGACGACGGUUUUUAAUAUAAAAAAUAUUUACACAAUGUCUCAAAAAGCAAUCAAAGCUUUCAAAAAUAAACAAUGUUCGCAGAAGUUCAGUACCAACAAACUCACAAAAAAUGAGCCCAAAAUUUAGCAUUACUUGCAAGCCAGACUAAGAAAUUUCAAGAAGAUAACUUAAAAGAAGACAAUAGAAUAAAAUAAUAUUAAGACACAAUGCUUAGCAAAUAUAGCAUUAACAGAUGGAAACCAGGCAAUAGGUGUAGCAAAAUAGAAGAUGAAGGUCUAGCUGUGCCAGUCAGUGCUGAGCCACACAGUUGCUGCUGGCAUGUUUGCAAAAUAGCACAAGGUGUAGCAAAAUAGAAGAUGAAGGUCUAGCUGUGCCAGUCAGUGCUGAGCCACACAGUUGCUGCUGGCAUGUUUGCAAAGAGCACAAGGUGUAGGAAAAUAGAAGAUGAAGGUCUAGCUGUGCCAGUCAGUGCUGAGCCACACAGUUGCUGCUGGCAUGUUUGCAAAAUAGCACAAGGUGCUGUAAAAUGAAGAUAUAUUGUUAAAUAUCAUGAGAUAGAAAUAAAAGAUGAAUAUCUAGCUGUACCCGUCCCGAGCCACACUACUGCAGCCACGUUGCUGCUGGCAUUUUUGCAAAAUAGCACAAGGUCACAACAAUUGAUGUAACAAAUAUAAUCAAUGGACCAGGCACCUGCACCAUGAUUCUUUGGAAUACUAAAAUUCGUCUCUUUAUGUCUGUACAUAAUUCUCAUAAUGAAAAAUGUCACGUUUUUAUGAAAGAAAUAAUGGAAUCAAAUAAUAAAUAAAACAAGCAUAUGCUGGAAGUCCUCAGAAACAGCUCCGACUUUAAUGAUUUUUUUAAAGUCAUGUUUUUUAUGUUAUUUAAAAUCAGAAAUGUUUUGGUGGACGAAAUUAUUUAAAUUGUUAAAAAAUAUCUAUGCUAUUUAUACAUAUUUUUUUUUAAAUACAACCGACUUCAAAAAUACAAACUUAUGCAGAAAACUAACAAACGAAAGAAAAUAUUAUAAUAUUCACUUUGAAGAUCACUUUGAAGGCGGUGCUAAUGGUCCAAUUAAUGGGUCGACAAUUAGUUAUCUAUUGUUUACCUAGCUAUUGGGUUCGAAUUGCUUUUUCAUAUCUUUAAAAGACUAUCUUCGGAAUGAACCCUUUAUAAUAAAAAAGUAUUAUCAAAAUCGGACCACUCAAUAAAAAGUUAUACUUGGUUGUAUACUAAAAUUAAUGGUUAAACAAUCAAUUAUCCCCUGUUUUCGUAAUGUAAAACCAAGCAUAACUGUUAACAUGAGUAGUCCGAUUUUGAUAAUUGUUUUGAUGGAUCAUUCUUGAUUGUUUUAGUUUAAAACCAAGCAUGUCUUCGAAUUCCGAUUUGAAUAACUUUGUUUUAAAUAGAAAGGGUAUAUUCCGACAAUGGUCCCAAAUCAUUAUAAAUUUAAAAAAACGAAGAUGACUGGUUAUUUUCCCAUUAAUUGUAUUGUAAAACUAUGCGUAACUUAUUACGAAGUGGUCCGAUUUCGUAAAUUCUUUAUAGAUUGUAAAGGUAUUUUGAUUGUAAAGCUCCCAUAUAAAUUUUAAAAAACAAUUCCAAUCCUAAAUGUGCGAUUGAUUGUUUUCUCAUUCAUUUUAAUGUAAAACCAAGCAUAACUUUUUAUUGGGUGGUUCGAUUUUGAUUAUUCAUUUUUUGAUAGAAAGGGUAUAUUCCUAAAAGUCUCAUAAAAUGUUGGAAAACAAUUUCAAACCUAAUAGUAGGAAAAUAGAAGAUGAUUAAUUGUUUUCCCAUUUAUUGUAAUGUUAAACUUAACUUUUUACUGAGUGGACCGAUUUUGAAAAUUCUUUACUUUUUGUAAAGGGUUUAUUUCGAAGUAGGUCCCAUAUAAAUUUC